AUGGUGCAUAUGGACGAGAAGCGAGCCACCCGCAAAACACCGCAAAGCAAGCAGUUCGUGCCCAAGACAAUGUUCUUGGCAGCUGUCGCACGCCCCUGGUACGACUUUCAUAGGAAGACAAUGUUCGACGGCAAGAUUGGCAUCUGGCCGCUGGUGGAGCAGUACACUGCGCAACGCAGCCGCAUUAAUCGACCUGCGGGUACGAUACUAACGAAAAACAUCGAGUCAAUUGAUCGAACAGUGAUAAAGCGGUUCCUAUUGGACGAAUUAAUCCCUGCAAUCAAGAGGAAGUGGCCUGUGCGUGACCGCCACUUGCCGAUCCUCAUACAGCAAGACAACGCGAGGCCCCACUAA